AUGCUAAUUUAUACAAGUUACUUAUACGUGCAAUUUUCAAUAAAAAACACUUUUUUUCUUGUGGAAAUUAUCAUGAAUAAGGAAAGCUAACUUUAAUAUACAAUUCUAAACUCAAUUUCUUUAGCAAUUUCAGUUUUAUUAUUGGGUAUGGAGACACUUAAAAAACAAAAUAUUUACACAAACAAUAUAGGAGCAUCAUUAUUAUGUUUGCUUAAUAUAGAAUUCAUAUACAAAGAUAUUCCUUAAAUUAAUACACUUUAAUUAGGGACUUUCAUAGUAAUUCUGAUUACACAAUUUGAUGAUGCAUAAAAAUGGCAUAAAUUUAUGAAACAUUCAAUUAUGGUGUAUUUUUUUAUCAGAACAUUCAUAUAAUAUAAGGAAUAACUGUACAUAACUGAAAUGUUGACUUGUUUUUUAUGGUAACCUUUGAAUCAUUGGAUGUUGCAUUUGAAGAAAGAGGAUGAUUAAAUGGCAUUUAAGAAGUAAUCUUUAGAUAUAACAAAAUACAAUAUAGAGUAAAUUCCAUAAAUUGUGAAGGAUUAAUCUGAAUAGGAUGAAUAAUGUAGCAGUGUUAUGAGUAGUUUACACAUCCAACAAAAUUUGAAAGAGUUGAAGUAAAUGGAAAUUAAAAAUCCCUUUGUUUAAUAAAAGGAGAAUCUGAUCAAUACAUUUUCAAUCAAAGAAUUAGAAUCAUAGAAUUCUACAUCUAAUUUAGACAUACCUUAGAUUUGGGAUUUGUUACCAUUUGGAAUAGGACUUAUAAAUAACCUAUUUGAAAUGGUGAUUAAUAAUUAAAAAUUAUUAUAGUUUUUAAAAGUGUCAGAUAAUGAUGGAAGAAACAUCAUUUUAAGUUUAGAUUCAUUAUUAGAAAGGUAUAAUCCAUAUAUAAAUUAAGUUGUGAAUCAUGGGAAAGUAAAUCCAUCAAGUAAGUAGGUUCUAAUUAGAGCAACCGUUAGAGUAGAAGAUUCUUAAAAGGUCCAUAGUUAUCUUUAAUAUCAAAAAGUUUAAAUGACUAAAAUUCAGUGAAUCAAGAUGGAGGCACCAUUACAAAUAUAAACCAUAAUCUUAGUUAUUGUUAAAAUACAAAUAAUUAGAUAAGGGAUGAAGUAAUGACAUCUAAGACUAGAUUUAGAAAUUUAAAUCUAUUGAUUUAGAAAUUUGCAUAAAAGUCUCCUUCUUUUAUAAAUAAUGUUGAUAAUUCUGUAUAAUCAAUAGGAUAAAACAUAUAGAUAAUUAAAAUAGUUUAGGAUUUAGGAUCUAUGAAAUGUUAUUUAAGAAUUAAAGUAUAUGAAGUAGAAAUAAAUAAUAAAAUAAACUAUCUCUUUUUGAUUGAGAAUAUAUCAAAUAAGGAAGAAUUACGUUAGUUGAAUAUUAGAUAUAAAUAUUAAUAAGCACUUUUAAAUUCAUUGUGUCAUGAAUUAAGAACACCAAUGAAUAUUACAUUAUCAUAAUUAAAUGCAUUAUCUACAUUAAUUGCACCUGAAAUAAGAGAUAAAAAUUUAUAGCCAGCUAUAAUAUCAGCAAAAAAACUUAUGUUUUAAUUGAAUGAUAUAUUGGAUUAUGCUUAAAUUGAUUGUAAAAACUUUAAUCUGGCUAUUUCAUAAUUUGAUACUAAUGAAAUUUUUGAAAUUUUGAAAGAAUUGUUUAAUUAAGAAUGUAAAGAAAAAUAGUUAGAUUUUCAAUUAAAUACAAAAGGUAAUUAUACAAUUUGUAGUGAUAAAGAGAGAAUUCUUAGAAUUUUAGUUAAUUUAAUAGAUAAUUCAAUAAAAUUUACACAUUAAUAUGGUUCUAUUAUAGUGGCUAUUUAGAAAUAAAAAUCAUGUAUAAUAUUUUCAGUAGAAGAUAAUGGUGUUGGUAUGUCUGAAAAGAUUUUAAAUUAAAUUAAAAGUAAUUAUGAUUUACUAUUAUAUGAUUCAUUCUUAAUUUAAUAAACAAAAUUAGGUUUAGGAUUGAAGAUUUCCUAAUAAAUAGCUAAAUUUUUAUGUAUUAAUAAUGAAUUGGUAAUAGAGAGUAUUGAGAAUGUAUAUACAAAGAUAUCAUUCAAGAUAGAAAAUCAUUAAAAAGAAGUAGGUUAAUAAAAUUUUCCAUCUUUUUAAGGAUGUAAUAUUACAAUAGGUUGUAAUUGUAUUUAAAUCUUAAAUGUGGAUGAUGUCAGAUUCAAUCAUAGUGCAAUUGAAGCUUUAUUAUCAUAACAUAAAAUGAAGAUGGAUAGUGCUUAUAAUGGUUAAUAAGCAAUAGAAAAAAUUAAAUAAAAAUUGAAUUCAACAUGUUGUAAAACUUAUAAGUUGAUUUUUAUGGAUAUAGAAAUGCCAAUAAAGAAUGGUUAUUAAGCUUCAAAAGAUGUAAUUAUAUAUUAUAUAAUAUAAAUAGAUCACAGAGAUUUUGAAAUAAUAAAAUUUGAAUGAUUAAUGUACAAUUGUAAUGUGUUCUGCUUAUAAUGGGAAUGAAAAUAACGAUAUUUUGAUAAAUUGUGGAAUCAAAGAGAUAUUACCUAAGCCUAUUGAACAAAAAUAAUUUAAACAAUUACUUGAUAAAUAUUUAUUAUGA